AUGGCCCAAGCCCCGCCGACCUUCACGCCGGAUAGCGAAUUCGCCGAACUUGAGACCCCACGCGGCCCGAAGGCUGGUAGUCUUUCUAUCACAGCGCUGGCACGCUUCGAGUUUGAGGCUGGCAAGGGUAAUGAAGGCACCAAAAUCUUGAUGGUGGAGUGGGAAGAUGACGACCUGGCUCGAUCGACCACCGACGGUUCAUGGCAUGUCUCCUGGGCAGGGAAGACCACGGUGCUGCCCGCUGAUGAACGACCGAGCGAAAGCACGCGUCGGUUCUAUUUCCUACUGCCACCACAUGUUACGAUUCCACCUGUUGUCACCCUGUCAUACAAGCCACGACAAGUCAAAACAAACAAUGAUGGAGCGGCUCCAGCCUUGGACCCUCGCGAUAUUCUUCAGCUGAACCCCCUACCUGCGAUCUUCCCUCCCGAGUUGGGCGCAACAGGUCGUUCCGCUGGGAAGAAAGGAGUGCUUCACACAAUCUGGGCCAAGAAGCGACUACGUGUUUUGGAGAAGGAGAUUCGCGAAGAAUGCUUGACCAAUGCCGAAGGAGUUGCGCUACAUAUGGCAGUACAAGAGAAGGAGUGGAUAGAAGGGAAUUUCGGCUUGAGCCCUCGUGGCGUUGAGAACAGCCACGACUCCUCCAACUCUUCUUCCACGUAUCCCACUGGGCCCGCUACGCCCGUGUCUCCUGUCAGUGGAAGGAAAUUAAUGGAUAAGUUGAAGGGACUGAAGCUCCAGACCAGUGAGAGGGAUUUGUCAGCCAAAGAUGGUGCGCAAGAUCAAGACUUGAACUCUGAUAGAAUGAAACUGACCGCGAGAAAACCAGGCCCAAGUGACUCGCACCUUCUAUCGCCUCAAUCGCCGGACGUUGCUGUCUCCUCAUUCAGCUCGUUCCGCAGCAUAGCUAACCGGGCUCCUCACUCAAUGCCAACCCCAGAUACAAAUCCGACUCCAACUCCAAGCCUUCCAACGAAUCCCACUGGACCUGAGUCCUUCAGACCCGUUGCGCUUCAUCCGCCCGAGUCUGUUCAGGAGGCCCAGCAAUCGAGUAGACCUGAAGGUUUCGCCGCAAUCGGCUCUAUGACAACAAUUGCCCGUACAUCGAGCGCCGACUCUGGCGAUGACCUCUUUGCCAAAGCGCUGAGUCCGCGCUCUCCAGAUCUACCUCGGAGUCCAUUCUCAUUUGCUUGA